AUGUACUUACUAAGCCACUGCUGCCAAUUUGCCAAGAUCAAUUCUAAUACAAAUGACGAAAAUGUUACUUGGGUGUCGCUGCCACCACGCGGGGUUUUGGGAUUUAUGGAAACCCCGAGAAAAUCUAAUUUUGACUUAUCUAAUUUUAAUACAUAUAAACAGGUGACAUACCAUGAUGUAAGCAUGAGUGCAGCCGAGGGCAUGAGCCGCCCACUGUCGGCGGGGCAGCAGUCCCUGAUGACGCCGCCCGCCGUCACGCCCCCUCGCCCAACCGCCCCCUCGCCGCCCUUCCCUAGCCCCCCCGCAGGCGCCUUCCCCUCCUUCGGUCCCUUCAGCGUGGCCAGCAUGAUCCCCGGCGCCCGCGGCCUCACCAUUCGCCCGGCGGCGCACCCCCCGCCCUUCAAAGAUUGCCCCGUGCCCAUGGACCACGGCGAGAUGCCUCGCCCUCACCAUGCUGGUACCAUUCAUCAGCAGGGGCAUCAGCAAGGGCACCAGCAGGGUCAGCUUCAGCAGGGGCAUCAACAGGGUCAGCAUCAGCAGGGGCUUCAACAAGGGCAUCAGCAAGGGCACCAGCAGAGUCAGCAUCAACAGGGGCAUCAGCAGGUUCAGCAUCAGCAAGGGCAUCAGCAGGGGCACCAGCAGAGUCAGCAUCAACAGGGGCAUCAGCAGGUUCAGCAUCAGCAAGGGCAUCAGCAGGGGCACCAGCAGGGUCAGCAUCAGCAAGGGCCGCAUCAGCAGGGAGAGCACCAGCAGGGUCAGCAGCAGCAAGGGCAUCAGCAGGCCCACCAGCAGGUGCACCAGCAGGGGCACCAGCAAGGUCAGCAGCAGCAGCAGACACAGCAGCAGAGCCAGCAGGCUCCGCAGCAGCCCGACGACGAGGGACAGGAUGACUUGGCGUGCGAGAGGAGCCUUGCCGAGGCGUCGCCGCCUGCCGCCGCUCGCCCCGAGCUGGCGAGGGCGGAGCCCCCGAGACCCCCUGAGCAGGAGCGGCGCGAAGAGUGCCGAAUGUCGCCGCAAGAGGAGCCCCGCGGAGGCAAGGCUACCCCCGUGGCCGCCGCUCCCCCUCCGCCGGUCUCCAGCCAGGAGGACCUCGGCAGGAGUUGCUUCUCCUCUGAAAACCACAAGAUGUCGCUCUUCGCCGAGCCAGCCAAGAUCGCCUCCCUCGGGAACUUCCUCGACUUCAGCUCCAACGAGAGGAGAUCCUCUGGUGUGGGCGUGGGCGGCGCGGGCGUGGGCCAGUGGCACCGCGGCCUGGAGGGCCUGUCGGCGGAACGGUGCCGGGCGUGGGCCCGCUACCUCGCCCACAACAUGCUCGCGCAGUCUCAUUCGCCGCCCCCGGAGCGCCACCUGCCCGGCGACGCUCUCCCGCCCGGCCUGGCCUCGAAGGAGAGGCCCCUGGCGCCCCCGCUGACCAUCGACAAGGUCACCAUCACGCCCACCACCUCACCCGACACGCCUGUACGCAGCCCGCACCUGGAGGAGGGCAGCCCGCGGGCGCAGCCGCUCAUUUGGCCCAAGAGGCGCCAGUCCUUCAGCUGCUCGGACGCCCACAUUCAGAAGCUCCUGCGGACGGACGCGGCUCAGGGCGCGCCCCAGAGCACGCCCCUUAUGAGGCUGGGCGACCUGGGUCUCGACCUAAGCGUGAGGCCCCUACACGAGGCCUUCCAGCACCGCCUGCAGCCCUUCCCUCCAUCAGAACUGCCUUCGAAGCCUUGUCAGGUCCCAUGA